GGUUUAGGGUUGAACAUGACAGGCUGAACUGAAAGACCAAUAUUCAUCCUGGAUAUAAAUGGAGAGAACUUUCUGCUUUUUGCAGUCAUUAUUGCAUAAGUGUUGCUGCAGAAAUAGGGUGAAGCACACGUGAAUGUUUAAGAACCUGUGGUGACAGUUUCGCAGUUUAGUUUCUCAACACAACUGAGAAUGUUCCAGACCCCGAUACGGCUAAAUUAAAUUAGAUUAUGCACUGAUGAACAGGGACCCUUGUGCCUUGUGUAUAAGAGACCAGGGAAAGCUAUGCUGAAAAUAAUGAUGCACUAUAAACUUAACAAAUUUCAUAUGUUAUUGGUAUUUUUAUUUGGGAUCAUCAUUUUUUUAUUCGUCUUCCUAAAGUUUUUCUGGAAAUUACCUGACCUGCCUUCAGGACCGACAUACAUGUUGGAUACAAACGAAGACGACUUCCUCGGUUGUUCUGCCAUCAUCCGAGGAGAUAUGACAGAGACCACAAAGGCUGGCUUUGAUCGGCUCCUGGCUACGAGAAAGAAAAAACAGAUGUUCACAGAGACCUUCUACCUGAAUGCAACACAGGACUGUUCUGCCUAUGUGGAAGGUAGGGGAUACCUCACCAACACACUGAGCCAGGAAGAGAAAGAGUUUCCCAUUGCUUAUUCCAUGGUGAUCCAUGAGAACAUCGAGAUGUUUGAGAGACUGCUCCGUGCACUGUAUGCUCCCCAGAACGUGUACUGCGUACAUAUAGAUCAGAAAUGUUCCGAGGACUACAAGAACGCAGUUAGGUCCAUAGUGUCCUGUCUACCAAACGUGUUUGUGGCGAGCAGACUGGAGAGCGUGGUGUAUGCAUCGUGGUCACGUGUCCAAGCGGACCUGAACUGCAUGGAGGACCUGCUGAAGUCACCCGUCCAGUGGAUGUAUCUGCUGAACACCUGUGGGACUGACUUCCCUAUUAAAACAAACGCGGAGAUAGUUCAGAGCCUCAAAUGGCUGAAUGGCAGGAACAGCAUGGAGUCCAGGGAGACACCGGAGCACAAGAAAGGCCGCUGGCAGUAUCAUCACAAUGUCACCCAUGACUCGGUUAUCAGGACCAAUAUCAGGAAGACCCCUCCUCCAAUCAGCACACCCAUGUUCUCAGGCAAUGCGUACUUCGUAGUCACACGUGAAUUUGUAAGGCAUGUGUUUGAAAGCCAGGAGGUACAGAAUCUUCUGGAAUGGGAAGAAGACACCUACAGCCCCGAUGAACACCUGUGGGCCACUUUGAACCGAAUGCCAGCUAUGCCUGGAUCCAAUCCCCCCAACAUAAAAUUCCAGUACUCAGACAUGACAGCCAUAGCCCGACUGGUGAAGUGGAGUUACCAGGAAGGGGAUGUGAGUAAAGGGGCCUCGUACCCCCCCUGUACUGGAAGCCACCGCAGAGCAGUGUGCAUCUUUGGUGCUGGUGACUUACGCUGGAUGCUUCAUCAGCAGCAUCUUCUAGCAAACAAGUUUGACCCUCAGGUCGAUGAUGUUGCCCUCAAGUGCCUGGAGACACACCUUCGUUACAAGGCUCUCUAUGGAAAAUCAAUGUAAAAUUAGCCUUUAAAGACAAGCAUAGAAGGGGAUGUUUCUCUGUAUUAAGGAGGGUGAGUGUACAGUAUAAUAAUGCCUGAACAUUGGCAUCUGUAAGGACUGUAAAACUUUUUUUUUAUUCACAUAUCCUACAUGUUUUAAUUUUAAAGUAAGUAGUGGAUCAGAAAUUGUGUUUCUUGUCAUAUAUGUUCUUGCAAUAGUGUGACUUUAAAUUUUGCCCAUGACAUUGAUUAUGGCAAAAAUCAUAAUCAGGAUUAUUUUGGUCUAUUAAGAUCAUGAUUAUAUAGGAUGAUUAUUUAUUGACUUGGAAAUAUGCAUUUAUUGAACGCUAAAUAUAAUUAAACUGAGAAACAAAUAAGUAAUAAAUAAUUUUGUGAACUGAAUUUAUGACACUAGACAAAAUGGAAGCAUCCUUGUGAAACGAAUUGUGGCAAAAUAAUAGGUUUGUCUUGAUUAUUUUGCUUUGAUAAUUGUAGGAAGGCACAAUCAUAACUGAAAUUACAUAUUGAUUAAUUGCCCCGCUGAAACAUAAAGGCUUUUGAUUGUGGUGUGCAGUCCCGGGUGUGAGAUGCUUGAUUCAGUAAAGAUUAUCUCUUGAA